AUGUGGGGAGCUCGAGGGGAGGGUGUGAUAGAAUUGGAAAAGAUAAUGGGUGAUUAUGAAGAUUAUUCCUUUACCUAUGCUAGCGCUUUAUUGCAUCCACAAUUAAGUAGGAUGGCUGCCAGAAAAUUAUUCGAAUUUAGCCAAGAUGAGAGAAGUAAGUGGGGAUUUUCAGAUCAAUUAUUAACAUCGAUACAAAAUGGAACACUCACCCUGAUCGACUCACCAGAUGCACUGAAACGAUGGGUUGAAAAUUUUGGUUCAAUUGAAUUGGACAAUGAAAAGGUUGAAAGUGGAUUUUCAUACUUCAACUUGGAUACCAUUGCCAAUCGAAAGGAUCGAGAAGCUUAA